CAUGCGCAGCUGCGCAGGACAGGAAGAAUACUAGUUGGUGUAGCCGCGUUUUUAAAACGAUCAACUGAGAAGUAUGGCUUUUUCACAAAUCAUCUUUGAAGUUAUUCUGACCAUCGCUCUUAUUAGAGACAACUCUGUUGAAGGUGUAGCAAGUGCCACUCUUAACUGCACAACUGGUGGACACACUGGACAGGAAACAACACUAGCCUGUAAAUUAACAGGAACCAUUGUUAAUGGAAUGAGAUGGCUGCGACCCAACAGUGGAACACCAGACAUCUUGAUGCAGUGUAACAGCAUUAAUGUUCGAUGUAUAUGGGGUUCUCGUAUUACUGGAUACCGUUACAAUGCUGAUUCAUCUACACAAACCAUUAUUGUAACCAUAGAAUCCUUCAACCCUAACACCGAUGCUGGAGACUGGUUAUGUAGUGAUGGAGCACAAUCCGUUGGCCAGUCUAUAUGUAACAAAACAGUCGCUUAUGGUCCCGUUCCAGGCAGUAUUAACUUCAAUUCUACUGCAAGUGUUGAAGAAGGACAAGACCUGACUGUGGACUGCACUACUGACUGUAACCCGCCAUGUGACUACUCCUGGACAAUGGGUGAUAAUCAAAUCACAACAAGUCCGCUGUUAAACCUGACCGACAUCAGCAGGAAUCAGGACGGGAAUGUGUACAACUGUACAGCGACGAACAUUGUUAUACUUACAUCUAUAAGUAAAAACUUUACGCUGACAGUCACUUAUGGUCCAGAGCGCAUGUCUGCCUUAAGUACAGGUGCUAUAUCGUGCAUUGUGAUCGCUGUUGUACUGGCUCUUGCUGUUCCUACUGGCUGGAUAGUCUACAAGAGGAAAAUAAAGAAGAAAGCUGAAGAUGUGCAGAAUGAACAAAAUAACUAAAGAAGAACAAAAUCAAGCUGGCAAAAACGGAAGAGAAAAUUACGUUAACGCUAGAACUCGCAGAGUUUUUUUUAUGUUUUAUUUUAUUUUAUUUUAUUUUAUUUUUUAAAUUUCUGGGUAUGAAACUGUUUCAGGAAACAAGCCUAGAUUGAAUUAAUAUGGAUUUACAUGGGGUUUUCCCUAUAGUUCUCUUUGUUUUUGUUUUGUUACAUUUGAGUGUUCCAGUAUCUUAUAUUUUGCCGAUUCCUGUAGCUCAGAUUAGAAUAAAGUUGCGUUACCACAGUUAGAAGUGUAGUAUUUCACUAAUUUUAUAUUUUAUUUUGAAAAAUAACUAUGGGUCGUUUGCAUCAAACGGUAAACGACGAAAACUGUAUAAUGAAUAAUGUUACAAUUCGUAUAAUAACAUUAUUAGCUUUAAAUCCAUAGCAACUGUCAUAAAGUAUUCACACACACACACACACACACACACACACACACACACACACACACACACACACACACACACUCACACACACACUAAUGAUAAUAACUAAAUACAUUGUGUGUAAAUUAAAAAAAAUUGCUUACAGAUGAUCAACUCUGUAGACUAAAUGCUGGUAAGCAGUUUCAUUUGAAAUCUUAUACAAUUAUUAAAUCUAUAUGCGAACACUAAAGGCAGACAUGCACAUGCAAUUGCUUUACCUUAACUGUUUCAUAACAUUUUUGUAUUCUUAAUAUAUAAUAUUGCCGAUACCGAAUUACACAAGGGUAAUACUAUCUUUAUCAUAUAAUAUCAGACUUAAUACAACGUGUUUUUUUGUUAACUUUAAUUCCAGUUAGCCAUUACUACAUAUUCAAAUGACGUAAGAUUAUGUGACGCAGUCAUUUUGAAUGGAAAUGACGUCUAACCCGAAUGACGUGAUUUUGAAUAUCAUUACAUAAAAAUAAACUAUCGUUUAACUUUUUUAGUUUUUUUUAACGCUGGACCGCUUUCAGUUUAAAAUUACCAUUGAAAUGUUUUUAUUUAAUGACUAUGAAUGCAUACGUCAAUUAUGGCGUCUCACCGUAGUACGUGUUCUUAAAUCUCAUUAAACGUAGGUCGAUAAUUUGCAAAGUUAUUACAUUCUGAAGGUAUGUGAUCUGAACAAAUAUGACAUACUAUGAUUACACUGGACAUGAUAGCUAUAUUGUAUUAUAGAGUUACGGUCAGUUCAUAAGUUCCCCAUUUAUGUAAUCGGGCUAUAUAAAUUAACCAGUCCCACGCAUAAUAUGUACAUACAUAACUAUGGCAUGUCGAAAUUGUAAAGUUCUUCCAUGACAUUCCGUUUAAACAUCGCGAUCAGUACGGUACAAUGAAUUUGUAUAACACAUCUUAAGUAAUCAAAGUAUCUACAACUUUUGCAAGUUCACUUUAUGCAAUUAGAUACAUCCGACAGAGACAGACGAGAAGCACAAAGACAGCAAACUUGUCAUAAACACCCACUUAACACAGUAUUGGUCACACGUCUGUCUGUGGUCUUCAAAGUCUAGUAAACUAUUUUGUUAUAUUACUAAACAAUUUUGAUUGAAGUAUUACGGCAUAUUGCAGAAAGUAUAAUGGAAAAGUUUAUAAAAUAACAUUGUGUGGGAGAUGUCAUUGUGCAACAUUGCAUUUGUAGCAUGGUUUACGAGUUUUAAUGGGGGGUUUUGUGUUGCAGUAUUUUAUUUUAUUUUAUUUUAUUGUCUUUUCUUUUCUUUAUUUUUAUAUUUAAAUUAUUUCUAAAAAAAAAUUAAUUAUUAUUUAAUGAUUUAAAUUAGCAGGUUUCCUCUCUGAGACAAUAUGUCAAAAUUACCACAUGGUUUAAAUCUAGCGUGUUUCCUCUCUAAGGCAAUAAUUACCACAUGGCUUAAAUCUAGUACAAUAUGUCAAAAUUACCACAUGAAAUUAAAUCUAGUGGGUUUCCUCUCUAAGACAAUAUGUCAAAAUUACCACAUGAUUUAAAUCUAGCGUAGUGUUUCUGCCAGAAAUUUUUGGGUAUGGCGCUAUGGAACUGAAUGCAUCCACAGUCAACAGUCUGACAUACCAUUGUUGAUGAUUCAUUAUUAAUCAAUGUGAUCUAAUGAUGUUAAAAAACAACAUAAAAACCCCCACCAAAAAACCCCAACGGUUUUCUUCAUUAUUCUUCCCCCUCUCCCAAUUAUUAUAAUUAUGUUUUACCACUGACGUGUGGUUUUGGAGGGUGGGUAGGACCAGUAUUGAUCUUAUGUUAAAAUUAAUUCAACCAAAUCAGACGUAAAUAUGUCGUACAUUUUACUUACGUCCGUCACAAUAUUUACUUUUUUAAAAUUUUGAAUAAGUAGUGAUGCUUUUCCCUGAUGUUCAGACUGUAUGUAGAAACAGAAAUUAAUUACCUGACUACUAGCGAUUCACAGAAUGUUGACAAUGUGUUGAUGGAACUGGCGUUUCGCCAAUUCUCCACGUACGUCCGUCACACGCCUUGGGAGUACCAUUCCACAAUUUCUUUCAAAACAAAUACAUUUUAAGUGACAUAAUUUAAAACGCUAAGUAAUGGACAAAUGAAGCCAUUAUUGACUUUACCGGUUUCUACUUACAUUGCUCACUGUUUGCUAGUCCAAUGUGUACGUCCAACACAAAAGAACUGCACUUAUUUAAACAGAGCAUGCAUUCAAGUUUUAAAACUAUAUACGCAUGGUUACAUGCCAAAAUGUGACAUAUAUUCUGCAUGCGUACUAAAACUUACGAAUUCCAUUACGAAUAUCCAUUGCUUUCUUACUGUAUAUAGCUAGAUUGUGUAUUGUUACCUGUUCUUUAGAUGCACUUUAGAUAGUUUACGUGUUUUAUUGUUACACUUCACAAAGUCCGGGAGCCAAGGGUUUAUUUUAUUUUUUAAAAUGUCAUUUCAUCACACUUGUUAGAAAUCUUUUUAUGCGUGUUUUGAUAUCCCAUUAAGUGCAGAAAGUUAACAAACAACACAACUCCCUCCCCUCCCACACUUACACACAUCAAAUCAUCAUAAACCAAUAAAGGGAAACAAAUCCGCAAACACAGGUUCCUCCACACACACACCUCACCCCAAUCCCCGUCCCACCCAGAAUCGGUCUAUGGCUCCAGAAUUAGCUCCAGUAUUUUACCUGUCAUUGUUCAUUAAAUAAUGUAUAUAUAUUUGGUGUAGAAUCUUAAAAUAGUUUUCAAACUAUAUAUGAAUGGUUGCAUACCACUAAUUAGAUACGUUCAGCAUUCGCAAUAAAAUUGAAGAAUUUUUAGGAUAAAAAUUUGCACAAGUAAAAUUAAUGUGUUGGUUUUUUGUGUUUUUUUGUAUGGACACUACAAGAAAUGGAGAAAAUUCUACAUUAUUGAAUCUUUGGACAUAACCUUGUUAAAAAGGUUUAAUAUCUGGAAUUUACCAAAUAUUGCAAAAGCUCCCCACCCCAGCAUAAGAAAUUAUUUUCGUAUAAAUACUUCCCAAAUAAAUUGAGAAAAAAUGUCAAUUUUGAAUAUUUGGGUGUAGCCUUGGGGGGAAAAAACAACACUAUUUGACGUAGAUUGUACUCCCAUUGAAUAAGUUCAUUACAUAUAUCAAUUGCUUACUUAAUGUAUAUAGAUAGAUUUUGUAUUGUUAGGUAUUCUUUAGACGAAUUUAGGUGGUUUACGUGUUUUGUUUGUUUUAUUGUUACACUUUGUGAGUUUAUUCCGGGAGCCAAGGGUUCAUUUUAUUAGAUUUUAUUUCUUAAUUCUUCCUACUUGAAUAUCCUUUUUAUACUGUUUUACAUAUCCCAUUAAGUGCAAAACAAAAGUGCUAUGUUGGUAUGACCAGGAAGGGACUAAUAUUCAUAAAAUCGACUGAACAGUACCUACCUAAUGAAUGGACAUUGGCACAAGCAAAACUGAUGUUUUUAGUAUGAGUGUUUUGUAAGAAAUGGAGAAAAAUCUACACUUUUCAAUAUUUGGGUGUAACCUUGUUAAAAAGGGUUAAUAUCUGGAAUUGCCCAAAGGGCUACAAACGUCCCCCACUCCCCCCCCCCCAAAAAAAAAAAAAAAAAAAAAAAAAAUAAUAAUAAUAAUAAAUAUAAAUAUAAAUAGUUUAAUAAGCAGCAAAGAACACAAUGUGCGGUAAAUGUAGGUUUCCCCCACAAUCGACCUAUGGCUUCCUGACUAGCUCUAGGAUUUUACCUUUUAUUGUUCCUUUGAUAAACUAAACUAAAUAGUGUGUGUAUGUUUUGUGUAGAUAUUGUAGUAGACAAGAUUAGAUUAGAUUAAACUAGUUUAUGAUUAUUUUUGUUACACAUUGUGUUAAAAUGUUUUACCAUAUUUGCUCUUUAAAACAUUUCAACUUAAUCGACUGUGUCCAACUCACGAAACAUGUCCAAUGACUAAAUUGCUUAUUAAAUGCACUUUCUUGUUUAGAAUAUCAGGUUUUGUACAUUCAGUGGGUUUUUGGUCUUCCUAAUCUUUAUCUCUCAAAAAAGUACGUACAAGGUAAAUACAUACCGGGUAUUCGGGAAUAAAAUGAAGAUGGUCUAUUACAAACCUUAGCACAAUCAAAUACAGUUAAUUUCGAAAAUGAAUUUUAUUUAAUGUGUCAUUUAGUUGUAAACAUUAUUAACAAUGACAAACAAAAAAACAAAACUAGCAACAAUGUGCCCCCACUUUGUAGCAGCAAAUGCGAUGGUUUAAAAAGUUCCAUUGCCAUUUAUGUUAGCUCCGCUAUGACGUCCACAAGUUUUCUCUAUCCGAUUUGUCCGGCGUCCGUCAGAAUUUACAAAUUCUAUCUUCUUCGUGUGUUCACAGCUACAAUGACGAUCUGGUUCAGUCUGCCCAAAGUAGUAGAGAGAUAUUUCAGAAAUAUUCAACUUUUCUUCGUUUUAAAACUAUAAUACUGAAACUUUCAAACUCUAUAUUUUCCCAGAGUUUUGAAUUGAUGUCUGAAACUUGAUAUGUCAGACAAUGAUUGUUUUUACAAACUAGUUGAGACAUAGUUUGAAUUGAUAUGUCUGAAACUUGAUAUGUCUGACAAUGAUUGUCUUUACAAACUAGUGGAGACAUAGUUUGAAUUGAUAUGUCUGAAACUUGAUAUGUCUGACAAUGAUUGUCUUUACAAACUAGUGGAGACAUAGUUGAAUUGAUAUGUCUGAAACUUGAUAUGUCUGACAAUGAUUGCCUUUACAAACUAGUGGAGAUAUAGUUCGAAUUGAUAAUUUUUAAAUACAUUUUAAAACAUGAUGUUCAGAUUUGAAAGUCUAUUUCCCCCCAUAGUUUUUAUUAGGUAUUCCUGAAACUUGGUACAAGGAUGAUCUGGGGUAGCCUCCACAAACGCGUAGAGAGACAUUUAAGAACUAUAUGUAUUGAUUGAUUGAUUGAUUGAUUAAUUGAUUAAUAUAAAAACAUGUUUUCGAAAGUCUGCCUUAAUCUUGACUUUUGAGCGGAUAGUUGUAAAACUUGAUACUACAAUUCUCUACAAACUACAGAGAUACAUUUUGGAAGUUUAGAAUUCUAACAAUGAAAAGUGUCUCUGAAUUAUCUACAAGCGACGAAAUUAAAAAUUAAAUAGCUGAGCUUUGUAGACUGACAUACCUCUUGUAAUUCAAUUUAAUGUUUCUACCAGAAAGAAAGUUAUGGCAUGGCACCAUGGAACUGAAUGUAUCUACAGUCAACAGGGGGGUAUGAGGGCCUCCCCAAGAAAGAAAAUGGGUUAAGUUUAGUGUUAGAGUUAGGAAAAUAAUACAUUAAUGAUAAAGAGUAAUUCAUUUUAU